AACGUCAUAGCUGACGUCAUUACUUGCGACCGCGUCGAGCUCGCGACGCUCAUGGUUCGCACAUGGGUCGGCGCGAUCGUAUUGGCAUCGUGAGCGUUGCGGGCGUUAAGUGGAACGCACCUAAUGUAUUUUUUUAUGUUGUCACAAUCUCAGUAUUAAACUUUUCAACAAAGAUGGAAAAAGUUUCUUUAUAUGAUCCGGAAAAAGACAUAGUGAUUGAUAUUAAUCUUUCUUCGGAAGAUGUUUUACGUGCGCAGCAAGACAUGACCUUUGCAACAUCUUUAUUAAACGCAGCCUUAAAAGAGAGAGAAUCAACCAAAAAUGUGGAAAGUUCUAUCGAAUCAGACCUAACUCAAAAAAUUAGUAAAACAAAUGUCGAAAAUUUUCAAAAUGACACUGAUGACAGUGGUUCUAUGUAUAGGUGGUCAACAACUGCUGUAUUAUUACUGUUAGAUACAUAUAAAACAUUUCAAGACAAAUUUUCCAGUGGAAAAUAUUCACAUAAAAAGAUCUGGGAUGAAAUUAGCAUAACCCUUGUGGAAAAAGGACAUUUGACCACAGGACCGCAAUGUGCGGCAAAACUGAGAAGCUUGAAGAAAACUUACAAAAGUGUGAAAGAUCAUAACAAUCUAUCAGGCAAUGAUAGGCGAACUUGGCAGUUUUAUGAGAUUAUGAAUGAAAUCUUUUCAAAAAAAGCUUGGUGUUCACCAGUCGCCGUUGCAUCAUCAACAGGACUUUCUAUUAAGCAGGACAAAGACUCAGGAUUUAUAGAAACUAUAUCUGAUUCGUCAGAAGGCAAGGUAUGCAGUCCUAAAACAAGAGAAUCAUCAAAAGAAAACGUGUGCAGUCUCCUUAAAAGAAAGUUACUUCAAAAAACUGAACAAGAGGAAGCAAAAGUCAAAAGACAUAAAGAAAGAAUGGAAAUGGAUGAGAAAUUCCUUUCAGUUUUAACAAAAUUGGUUGAAAAGUAGUUAAUAUUUAACAUGAUA